CUUUUACGACGAUAUUUUUCUGAAGUGGGAGCAAUCUUACAUUAAAAUAAUUUCUUUACUUAAAGGAAGCUUUGUAAAUUUCAGCAGCCAUAGUUGGCAACAGGGGAAGAAACACAGCAUCUGUUAGCUAACAAUAGCUGUUACUGGCUGUCUUGUUGUUUCUCAUAUUUGACAACACCUUUAUUCGUAGCUGAAGAAUAACGAGGCAAAAUGGCGAAACGGAGGAUCACACAGGAAACUUUUGAUGCUGCGGUCAGGGAGAACAUGGAGGAGUUUGAGAUGGAUCCCGACGAGGCUUUGAGGGAGGCUGUGGAGCAGUUUGAGUCUCAAGGUGUGGACCUCACUUGUAUAGUACAAGCUGUACCAGCUGUAUCAUCUGAUGAGAAGCAAGAAGAGCAAACACACGAGGUCUUACAGGCGUUGGAUGCCCUCCGCAUUGGUAAAGACACUGCUGGUGUUACAGAAGUGAAAGCAGACAUAAAAUGCUUCACUGAGCAGUGCUCACUUGGCUUUGCCCAGAGGUACCUGGCUGCCCAAAAAGAUGCCUACCCCAUCAUUCUCUCCUACUGCAAAAAGAGUGUGGAGGAGCAGGAGGCUGUGUUGGCUGCUCUGUCCGCUCUGGCUGCACUGACAGAUGGACAGCCAGACUUGUUGGAUGUGGAGGGCCAGCAGUUCCUUUUGGAUGUCCUUAAGAAGUACCAGGCAGAUUCCUCUGUGACAUGUGUAGCCAUCUGUGCUGUACGUCACUGCUGUUUGAAACAUGAACAGAACAGGCAGGAUUUAGUUAAAGGGGGAGUCCUGCCCCUGCUGACCAUUGCCAUUACACAACAUUGUGGAUGUGCGGAGCUGGUGAAGGAGACCUCUGCAGCUCUUAGGGUCAUGACUUUUGAUGAUGAUGUCCGUGUUACAUUUGGACAUGCUCAUGAGCACGCCAAGAGUAUUGUUCUCGAGCACAAUGGACUGAAGGUCUUAAUUGAGGCUGCAAAAGCUCACCUUGAUAAUACUUCUGUUCUGAGUGAGCUCUGUUCAACUUUGUCCCGUCUGGCUGUAAGGAACGAGUUCUGUCAAGACAUCUGUGAUCUGGGAGGAUUAAAACUCAUGAUGACGUUGCUUGCAGACUGCUAUGAAACAGCGGAGUUGGCUAGGCAGGUCCUAAGUGCAAUACGAGCCAUAGCAGGAAAUGAUGAUGUGAAAGAUGCCAUUGUUAAUGCUGGUGGAGUCGAACUCAUUGUCAUUGCCAUGAACAAACACAUGAGCAAUUCUGCUGUGUGUGAGCAAGGCUGUGCCUGCCUUUCUGUCCUUGCAUUGCGUAAACCCAACAACUGCAAAGUCAUCAUGGAGAAUGGAGGUGCCUUGGCUGCUGUGCAGGCAAUGAAGGCACAUACUGAUGCAGUUAAUGUGCAGAAACAGGGAUGUAUGCUGUUGAGAAACCUGGUUUCACGUAUGCGCAGCUUCAGCCAACCAAUCCUGGAGAUGGGAGCAGAGGCCCUGAUAACGCAGGCACUAAAGACCCAUCAAGACUGCGGUGAUGUGGGUAAAGCAGCCCUCAGAGAUCUGGGGUGCCAGGUGGAGCUUCGAGAGCUGUGGACUGGCAAACAUGGCAGCCUCACGAACUGAAAGUAGAGGAGAACAUCAAUGAACAUCAUGCACCCUUACAAUGAGUUUGCCUGAAAUGCAUUUUUAGGGAAGAUGAAAUGUUAGGAUGUUGGUGUACAUGGCCAAGAACUGGACAAGCAGCUGCACCUACCUAGCUAGACACAUUUGUACAGAGUAGUUGUUGUAGAAAAGACUUGUGAGCUUUUCAAACAAUCAAGCCACUCGUCCCGCACAAUGCCUUUAUGAGGCUGAAUAUAUUUUGCAGUCCUUUUUCUGUUUUUGACAAGUAUAAAAUGCUCAUUGUAGUGCUGUUGUACAUGUAUUAUUUGCUAUUAUUAUUUUGUUUACAGAUUUUUGAUGUCCAAUUUCAUAUCUGUAAUGCAUUUGUGUUCAUGAGAGAUGUUAAAUGUAGGUUUGUGAGUUUUGUGCCAUGGGUAAAUAUACAUGUAUUUGCUGCUAUGCAAAUAGUUUAACUGCACUGUUUUGUGCAGUUUCCUUUCUCAUGCUGGCAGAGCCAAAUUUUACAUGUACUGAAUGCCUUAUAUGUUUACCAGAACAAAACAUUUCCUAAUUUGUUUUUAGUCUGUUUGUUCAUUAUUACAGUGUAAAACUCAGAUCUCUGAUAUUUAGAACAACCACUGACCACAGCAUAUAUCCUGCAUGGCUAUGAUAAAACUCACUUCUGAUGCAUCACCUUUAUCUUGCUGUGUGGCCGUGUGUAUAUCCAGAUACAGUGUGUUUGGUGAACCUGAGGCUAACUCUUUUAAAUGCUACAUUAACUACCUUUUAAAAAAUAUGGAUCUACAAAACAUCAGUGCAAGGGAUAACAUGUU